GGGCUGCAGACGGAGGGAGGAUGAGCAACAGCACCAAUAAACGUCCACGAGGACGGAGGUGGGAAGCAGAGGCCCUCCAGCAGCUGAUAACCCCGGCCAGUGGAGAGGAGCAGAGUUCCAUCAGCGUCACAUAGGAGCAUCAGCAACCCCGGGAUGGAGCCUCGAACCCCGGGAAUGGUUUUCAUCCACAUUUGGUGUCUUUGGAAUGCUGAAGUUCCUGUGUGUUCCAAAGCUGCUGUGGGAUUCAUGUGCUUUCCAGCCUGGAGUUCAUCGAAUCGUUAAGGUUGGAAAAGACCACUAAGACAAUCAAGUCCAACCAUCAGCCCACCCCCUCUAUGCCCACUUAUAGGGUCACUAAGGCUGGAAAAGACCAACGAGGUCAUCCAGUCCAACCACCGACCCAUUUCCAAUGACCGACCCGUCUCCAACAGCCAACCCGAGCCCAACGACCGACCCACCUCGUGUCCAACCACCGACCCAUCAGUUCAACACAGAUCUGGGGAGCUCAGUGUCCUCGUCCCCCUGCCCUGCUCAGCCCCCCUCCAUCCCUUCCUGCGACAGCUGUGUGGAAUUUACAGUGUCAGCAAAAGAAAACGUUUCCCUGCGUCCUUCUGGGCAGAAAAUGGAGAAAUUCAGUCUGCUUCUGCUAAAUGGAGCUUCUCCCAGCCAGCAAGCGUCGUGCGGGGAGAUGGGGCCGUGAAAUGAGGAUUGCACUGCGGGCUCGCAGGGCAGGGCCAGCCUCGAGGUUGAGUCUCGAGCCCUAAAUACGAGUGCCAAGAUGUAAGACAACGCUCCACGGAGCUCCGCAUCCAGCACAUGAUGGAGUUGAGCCAGCCCACGACGUCGGAUGAGACGGUGGUGGCCGGCGGCACAGUGGUGCUGAAGUGCCAGGUGGAGGACCCCGAUGACUCCUCGCUGCAGUGGUCCAACCCUGCCCAGCAGACCCUCUACUUUGGGGAGAAACGAGCCCUACGAGACAACAGGAUCCAGCUGGAGAGGUCCACGCCGAACGAGCUGACCAUCAGCAUCAGCGACGUGGUGCUGUCGGAUGAGGGGGAGUACACCUGCUCCAUCUUCACCAUGCCCGUGCGGACCGCCAAGGCCCUCGUCACCGUGCUGGGAAUCCCCCAGAAACCCCAAAUCUUUGGCCACGAGCAGCCCAUCGACGAGGAGAAGAUCGCCCGGCUGACGUGCCGGUCCUCCGGCAGCAAACCUGCAGCACAGCUCCGGUGGAAGAAGGGCAACAAGGAGCUGAAGGCUGAGGGCACCGAGGUGGUGGAGGACUCCAACGGGAAGACCUUCACCGUCAGCAGCCGAGUGGAGUUCCGUGUCACCAAGGAGGACAACGACGCCGAGGUGACCUGCACGGUGGACCACGAGUCCUUGCAGAACUCGGAGAGGUCAACCACACAGAAGCUGCAGGUCCACUACAAACCAACAGCGAAGAUCGAACCGCACCCGCAGUACCCACGGGAAGGAGAGAAGCUGCAGCUGCAGUGUGACGGGCAGGGCAACCCCGUCCCCCAGGAAUUCCUAUGGGAGAAGGAGGGCAGCGACGCCCCGCUGCAGCUGAGCUCCGACAGCAUCCUCAUCUUCCCCUUCCUCAACAAGAGCGACAGCGGCACCUACAUCUGCACGGCCACCAGCUCCAUGGGCAGCGUCAUCGCCAAGUACAACCUGGACGUCAGCGAUCUUUCCCAGCUCCCCACCCCACACGUUCACUCCACUCCAGCCCCUCCGCCGGGCCCUUCCCAGCCCAUCUCUCAUGCUUCCAUGGCCACCGCUUCAUCCUCCACUCCAGCUCCCAUCCAAGAUGCCAGUCCGGUGCCGUCGACCUCCAGCACGUACCACGCGGUCAUCGGCGGCGUGGUGGCCGUCAUCGUCUUCCUCCUGCUCAGCCUCCUCAUCGUGCUGGGACAUUACCUGAUCAGGCACAAAGGUGUGUGCAUAAGACACGGGGAGACCACCACAGCCAGACCGCAGCAAAACCCACCCGAGGUGGUGAUGUGCACCUACCUGACCCACGAGGCCAAGGGCUCCGAUGACGCUCCGGAUGCCGACACGGCCAUCAUCAACGCGGAGGGUGGCCAAGCGGGCGGCGACGACAAGAAGGAAUAUUUCAUCUAAAGGGCAUCGGAGAGGGUGAGAAAUGGAGCCAGCGAACCCCGAUGGAAACGGAAACCAGACCACAAACCCCACUCAACCCAACAGAUUUACUCUCGUGCCCGGCACGGGCGGACGGACGGACGGACGGACGGAGGGAUGGCGGGACAGAGAGCAGAGAGCGACCGGCUGAGAUGUGAUGAUGCUUCUUCUUGAACUUGUACAAAACGUUGUUACUACGAACAGCGAAAGCCCCGUUUGCUUGCUUGCACCUCCAACCCCGCGCCCGGCGCUCGCGCGAAACACAGACCAAGCAGUGAGUGAGCGACGUUCCUUCUUCCUUUGGACCUUUGCUUUGGUUUCGUGGCUGCUCUUUGCUUUGGGCCCUCGGUUGGGGUGUUGGGCUGGGGUCGAUGUAGCUCUUUCCUUUCGUUUCUCUUCCAUUUUGGGUUUUCGUUUUUGACGCCCAAGGAUAAAAUCAGCUCCGGGCUCUGCGCCAUCGGUGUCCCCACCGAGUGUUGGGACCUCCGGUCCGUAGGGAAAGGGUGUGCCGCGGAGCCCCGCAUCCCUGCCCUGAUUUUAUCCUUGGUGGUCCUCAUCCGACAGUGUCUGUUGGGGAGGAGAGAUGUCCUCGUGCCGUCGGUGUGUGAAGGGGGGUGAGAUUCCAGGGUGGGAACUGCCGAAGCCCCCGGAGAUGCCAGGAGCUGCCGGGCACCGCGGCUGCCCCGUUCCCACCCAGUGGGAGGGGGGGAGGGCAGGGUUUGGGGGGCAAAUGGAGGGGAAAAAAAGUGACAAAAAAAAAAAAAGAAGCCCCAGUUUGCAAAUUCUCAGAUUGGAGACGUCGAUUCAAACCAUCUAUUGAGAUGUUCAGUGCUGGGCCAUCACCAACACCUCCUCGGUGGCCCCGGGAGCCUCCAGAAUGGUGUUUUGGGUCCUGAGAGUGACUUUGGUGCAGUGGGGAUGGCCCAAUCCGUGCUGCACGCCAGGACUGGCAGCUCCGUGCCCCAGCAGCCAUGUGAGCUGGGGGUUCCCUGCUCCAGGUGCUCCUUGGGGCUGCCCCUGUCCUUCCCGGCCCCUUCCUAUGGUUGGUGCUGAGCUGGAAGAGGCCUCGUUGGCUCCAAGGGUGGCCAAAAUGUUUGGGUUUUGUGUCCCGGUGGCUUGGGGGUCUCCAAAGAGGUUUGGUGGGCAUUUGCCCCACCUCCAACCUGGGGAGAAACCACAUCUCUUCCAAGCCAGAUGGGAACCAGAAGUUUUUUCUGACCUCCCCAUCGCAUAACUGGGGUCGCCGUGCUCCCCCAAACCCCCACAUCUACAGGGCCAACCCCUCCUGGGUGCUGGCAUCGCAUGGUCUGGAUGCAGGGGGCUCGCAGAAGCACCCCAUUACAUUUUGGGGUGCCCAGAGGAGCUGAGCCUUUGGUGCAGGAAUGGGGUGGGGUGGGCAGCCCCAUCUUGGAGGUAAAGGAAGAAUUGGGUCCUCCACCACAGGGUGUGGGGUGGAAGUGCUGCUCCCACCCAGAGGACAAGGAGUGGAGUGGUGGAUGGGGAGUGGGGCCACCAUGGCUUGGCAGGAACAAGGGAUGCAUCCGUGGCACAUGGCUCCGUCACUCCAUCAGCAGAGCAUUGGGUGCCUUGAGAGGGAUGCACGAAGCCUUCGCCACCCCCCAGUGGGGAAAACUUGUGGGUUCCUCACUGCCGUUCCUCUCCUUCCAUCUCCUUGGAGGAGGACGUUGGCCAUGAGUCCCAACAGCAGGACAUUGGCCGUGGGUCCCAGUGGGAGGAUAUUGGUCAUGGUCCCAAUGGGAGAAGGAUGUUGGUCAUGGUCCCAAUGGGAGAAGGAUGUUGGCUGUGGGUCCCAAUGGGAGGAGGCCGUUGGUCAUGGGUUCCAACAGGAGGAGGAUGUUGGUCAUGGUCCCAACAAGAGGACAUUGGUCGUGGUCCCAGUGGAAGGUGGACACUGGCCGUGGGUCCCAGUGGGAGGAGGAUGUUGGUCAUGGUCGCAAUGGGAGAAGGAUGUUGGCCGUGGGUCCCAACGGGAGGAUAUUGGUCAUGGUCCCAGUGGGAGGACGACGCUGACCGUGCUCCCAACAGGAGCCCCGAGCUUCUGCCAUGGGACACGCAUUGUCACCAGAGGUCACACUGCCGACACGAUGCCGUUCACUUCACUGCACACACAGAGCAUGCACAGCACGUGGGUUUCUCCAAAGGUCUUCACCAUCCACUCUCGAUAGGCGCAAUUCUUUCCCAUGAAACACGACGUGUUUUCGAGCACGGUUCCAUCUCACCGCAUGUCUCCGUGGCGCAGAUCGGAGCGCAGGAGAUGUCCCGAAGGUCCGGGAGGGAUUUGGGUCCCUGGAAAAAGGGCUGUGGGGAUUUGGGGUCAGGACUCGGCCAUGGAGUGGUGGGGCCGUGGUUGGACAGCCCCCACGCGAGGGGUGGCAAUGAGCACUGCGUCACUCGUGUGAAUGGGGACACAGUGCCACGGGUGAUGGAGGGAGGGUUGGGGACACCGCGUCCUGCAGGAGGUGACAUUGGGACUGUGCCCCUCACUGCUGGCACCCAGUGGAGCCGUGCAGUGUCACCGCAUCCCCGGCGUCCCCUCCCAAAGCACGAGGGCUGCAUUGGCCCCAUGGCCACCGCGUGCCACCGGAGCACCGGGACGGGGACACGGGGCACUGAACUCUCAAUAGACCACGAAAGCCAUAUUAGUGCGGAGCUCUGAGCGCCGUGGGGCGGCCGUGGGGCGGAGGACGGGCUGUGUUGUUGUGCUGUGUUCUUGUAUGUACAUAAAGGGAGACAACGAACGUCGGUGUUACUUUAUAACCUUUCUAAUAUCCUGUGCUAAUCUCGGAAAAAUAAUCCUAUAAAAUAUAUCUGGAUUACACACCUUCA